AUGCCUGGACACAACAUGCCUGGACACAACAUGUCUGGACACAACAUGCCUGGACACAACAUGUCUGGACACAACAUCCUGGACACAACCUGCCUGGACACAAUGUCUGGACACAACAUGCCUGGACACAACAUGCCUGGACACAACAUGUCUGGACACAACAUGCCUGGACACAACAUGUCUGGACACAACAUGCCUGGACACAACAUGCCUGGACACAACAUGUCUGGACACAACAUGCCUGGACACAACAUGCCUGGACACAACAUGUCUGGACACAACAUGCCUGGACACAACAUGUCUGGACACACCAUGCCUGGACACAACAUGCCUGGACACAACAUGCCUGGACACAACAUGCCUGGACACAACAUGUCUGGACACAACAUGUCUGGACACAACAUGCCUGGACACAACAUGUCUGGACACAACAUGUCUGGACACAACAUGUCUGGACACAACAUGUCUGGACACAACAUGUCUGGACACAACAUGUCUGGACACAACAUGUCUGGACACAACAUGCUGGACACAACAUGUCUGGACACAGCAUGUCUGGACACAACAUGUCUGGACACAACAUGUCUGGAUACAACAUGCCUGGACACAACAUGCCUGGAUACAAUAUAA